AUGGCUCCUUUUGAAGCCUUGUAUGGUAGAAGAUGUAGGUCUCUGGUUGGUUGGUUUGAGGUAGGUGAUAUUGCUCUUCUUGGUCCCGAAUCGAUUUAUAAAGAUAUGGAGAAAGUUCGGCUUAUUAGAGAAAGGUUGAGAACGGCUCAAAGUAGGCAAAAGUAUUAUUCUGAUGUGAGGAGAAGGGACCUGGAAUUUGAAUGUAUUGGGGACCCGGUGUGCAUUAUUCCUUUAGAAGGGUUGGGUGUUGAUGAGAGCUUUUCCUAUGAGGAGGUUCCGGUAGAGAUCUUUGAUCGAAAAGUCAAGAGAUUGAGAAAUAAGGAAGUAGCUUCUGUUAAGGUGUUAUGGAGAAAUCAUCUAGUAGAGGGUGCUACAUGGAGGCUGAGGCCAAUAUGA